AUGUCGCUUGUGCAGCAUGUUUCCGCCCUCGAGGGUGUUGACCACGAUCCGGAAGUUGAAAUUGAUGAGGACUUCAGGCCUAUUGCACGCAAGAUCAGCUACGAUGUGUUACAGGCACCAAGUCAACCUGUUCCGGUUGAGGAGCAGCCACCGGCAACUCCCGCCUACAAGGUUUCUGCUGUCAAAAGAUUGACGCAGGUCAUCUUCACCAUUCUGGCAUGCUGGGUCGCGUCGGGUAUUCUGUUUGGAUAUGCAGCUCUGAAACCUGUGCUGAUAGAGGAGGGUCUUUAUUAUGAUCAAUGUACCGAUGAAGAGCUGCAAGAAGGGGUUGAACUUUGUGUCCAGCAGGACUUGAGACUCAACCUUUGUUUUACCAUUGCGUCCAUCACGGCGAACGUCUCGGCAUUGCCUGUCGGGACGAUUCUCGACCACUAUGGGUCGCAAAUUUGUGGCCUUAUUGGUAGUGUGCUCCUUGCCGUGGGCAGCCUGUUCAUGUCAUUCACCUUCCUUUGGCCAAAAUUCCAAGGCUUCGUCGCUGGCAACUUCUUUCUAGCAUUUGGUGGAACUUUCAUCUUCGUUCCGUCAUUUCAAAUUGCAAAUGCAUUUCCAAAAUAUGCAGGCUCUAUCGUUGCGCUAGUGACAGGAGCAUUCGAUGCUUCUGCUGCUGUAUUCCUCCUUUAUCGGCUUGUUUACGAGGCUUCAUCUCGGACAUUUACCCCAGAUAAAUUCUUCCUGGGUUACUUGGCCAUCCCAGUGUUGAUUAUCCUCGCAUUUCUAUCCUUCAUGCCAAAGCGUGACUACUACUCAACACUUCGAUUGGAAACUCAGAUUGAAAAGGCCGAAGAUCCCACUCGUGAUGUGCAUGAUUCUGACCAUGAAAUUGACAGCCAGAGGGAGCUACGGCGCGUGCGUAGCAAGCGCGCCCAAAAGCGGCAGAAGAUAAUCAAGAACAUCAAUGAAGUCCUCGGCGACGAAGAUGAGAGACAGCAACGAGCCGAGCGCGAGGAAGAUCGUCAAAAAACCAGUCAAGUCUGGGGUGUAUUGCAUGGACUGCCAGCUCACCGGCAGAUGAUGACCCCGUGGUUCAUUUUGAUCACUCUGAUGACUAUCAUUCAAAUGGUGCGCAUGAAUUAUUUCAUUGCAACGAUUCGAUCACAGUACGAGUACAUGCUUGGUUCCGUCGAGGACGCCGAACAGAUUAAUGACUUCUUCGACGUUGCACUACCCGUCGGUGGUAUUUUGUUCACACCUGUUAUUGGGGGAUUGCUGGACCGGCUGAGUGUACCAGCGACGCUCAGUAUUAUCGUGGCUUUCACCACGAUCAUCGGCGUUCUGAACUCUAUCCCGGCCAUGUGGGCGGGAUAUUUGACCAUCCUACUUUUCGUCCUUCUCCGACCACUCUAUUAUUCAGCCAUGUCUGACUACGCAACUAAGGUCUUUGGCUUCGCAACUUUUGGUCGUGUCUAUGGAACGAUCAUUUGCCUCUCUGGAUUGGUUAAUUUCUCUCAAUACUGGCUGGAUUCAUUAACCCAUGGACCUUUUAAUGGGAACCCAGUUCCCAUCAAUGUGGCCCUGGUAAUUGCUGGGUUUCUCGUCGGUGUUGCGCUCGUAGGGUUUGUCGCUGUGGCGGGUUGGCGACUCAAAAACGAGGACGGUAACGAGGAUGAGAGGGAGCCAUUGUUAUUGGAGGUCGAUGAGGAAGAAUGA